UCACUGUCCCAAAACCUUUGAAGCGCACUGUACCUUUUUCAUGAUGCCAGUCGAGGCCCAUGUCAAAAACUAAUUUCCAUGUCGUGUUUAUAAUGCUCUUUUGCACGCUUUCCUGAACCUGCCUAGUUGUACCAAUUUUUAUUUUCUAUUCAAACAGUCCAGCAUGUUGACUAUCCGCCCAGUGUUCAGUGCUACUGAUUCGGUGUCGGGUUGCGUCCUAGAAUAUUCUCCGGCUUUCCCAGAGCGCCCACUGGCUGCAGUUACUAAUAUUACUGGCUGUGUCAAACUGUCACAGAAGAUGUGCGAUCAUUCUAGAAAGGUGCCUUUAGUAUAUAAAGCCAUGGAUCUCUCUCAGUUGAGGCAUACCUUUUGGAGUAACCACACGACUCAGAAGCAAGGCCCAAACGGGAAAAUACUCAGGACUCAUCCAAGAUCCUUCAAUAUCUCAAGAGAAGAACAAGCUGUCAAUCAGUGAACUCAAACAAAACUAAAAAAAAAACAAGAUGUCUUCAGCAAAGGGAGUAUCUAUUGGUAUUGACCUGGGAACCACAUACUCCUGUGUGGGGGUGUUCCAGCAUGGCAAGGUGGAGAUCAUCGCCAACGACCAGGGAAACAGGACCACCCCCAGCUAUGUGGCCUUCACCGACACAGAGAGACUCAUCGGUGACGCAGCAAAGAACCAGGUGGCCAUGAACCCCACCAACACUGUGUUUGAUGCAAAACGCCUGAUCGGCAGGAAGUUCAACGACCAGAUCGUUCAGUCAGACAUGAAACUGUGGCCUUUUAAGGUGAUCGACGAUGGUGGGAAGCCCAGAGUCCAGGUGGAGUACAAGGGAGAGACCAAGGCCUUCUACCCCGAAGAGAUCUCCUCAAUGAUCCUGGUCAAGAUGAAGGAGAUUGCUGAGGCCUACCUGGGCCAGAAGGUGUCCAAUGCAGUCAUCACAGUCCCAGCCUACUUCAACGACUCCCAGAGGCAGGCUACUAAAGACGCCGGGGUGAUCUCUGGUCUAAACGUCCUGAGGAUCAUCAAUGAGCCCACGGCGGCGGCUAUCGCUUACGGCUUGGAUAAGGGAAAGAGAGAGGAACGCAAUGUACUCAUCUUUGAUCUCGGCGGAGGCACCUUUGACGUCUCAAUCUUGACCAUCGAGGAUGGGAUAUUUGAGGUGAAGGCCACAUCUGGGGACACUCACCUGGGAGGGGAGGACUUUGACAACCGCCUGGUCAACCACUUUGUGGAGGAGUUCAAGAGGAAGAACAAGAAGGACAUCAGUCAGCACAAGAGGGCAGUGAGGAGACUUAGAACUGCCUGUGAGAGGGCCAAGAGAACUCUCUCCUCCAGUUCCCAGGCCAGCAUUGAGAUCGACUCCCUCUUUGAAGGCAUCGACUUCUACACCUCCAUCACCAGGGCUCGGUUUGAAGAACUCAACUCGGAGCUCUUCAGGGGAACCCUGGACCCUGUGGAAAAAGCCUUGAAAGAUGCCAAGAUGGACAAGGCUCAGGUCCACGAAAUCGUCCUGGUUGGUGGCUCCACACGAAUCCCUAAGAUCCAGAAGCUCCUGCAGGACUUUUUCAACGGAAGGGAACUCAACAAGAGCAUCAACCCAGAUGAAGCAGUGGCGUACGGUGCUGCAGUCCAGGCGGCCAUCUUGAUGGGCGACACCUCUAAGAACGUCCAGGACCUUCUCCUCUUGGACGUGGCUCCUCUGUCUCUGGGCAUCGAGACGGCAGGAGGGGUCAUGACCGCCCUGAUCAAACGUAACACCACCAUCCCCACCAAACAGACACAGAUCUUCUCCACCUACGCUGACAACCAGCCAGGUGUGCUCAUCCAGGUGUACGAGGGAGAGAGAGCCAUGACCAAGGACAAUAAUCUGCUUGGGAAGUUUGAUCUCACAGGUAUCCCUCCUGCUCCUAGAGGAGUUCCCCAAGUCGAGGUGACCUUCGACAUCGACGCUAACGGCAUCCUGAACGUGUCGGCACUGGAUAAAAGUACCGGCAAAGAGAACAAGAUCACCAUCACCAACGACAAGGGGCGACUCAGUAAAGAAGACAUAGAGAGGAUGGUGCAGGAUGCAGACAAAUACAAAGCUGAGGACGAUGCACAGAGGGAGAAGAUUGCAGCCAAGAACGGUUUGGAGUCCUACACAUUCAACAUGAAGAGUAGUGUAGAAGACCCAAACCUCGCAGGGAAGAUCAGCGAGGAUGACAAGAAGAAGGUUGUUGAGAAGUGCAACCAAACUAUCUCCUGGUUGGAGAACAAUCAGAUGGCUGAGAAGGAGGAGUUUGAGUACCAGCAGAAGGAGCUGGAGAGAGUGUGUAACCCAAUCGUAUCCAAGCUCUACCAGGGGGCGGGAGGGGCUCCUCCAAUGGGGAGCUGUGGAAGACAGGCCGGGGGCGGGGCUAGCUCUCAGGGCCCUACCAUUGAGGAGGUGGACUAAUUAAUCAAUUAAUCAAUCAAUCAAUCAAUCAAUCAAUCACUAAAAAGAGACCUGUUUAUGAUAGAACUACUGUUUGUCAACUAGCUUUGCAUGUACAUAGAACUUUGCAUGUACAUAGAACUUUGCAUGUACAUAGAACUUUGCAUGUACAUAGAACUUUGCAUGUACAUAGAUUUACUGUCACUACAAGAGCACGUUAGGUUGUUGUGUCAACUUCAACCCUAAAUGAUAUGAUCACAUGUUAAACCAAUAUUAUGAAUGGCCUCGUUUUUUUGGUUAUUCAUUUAACUUGUUACAAUAAAAAAAAAAUGAAAAUCAAA